UUUCUCAUGUAUGAAUAUAGGUACAAUAUGUACGUGCACAGAUAAGGAGAAAGUUUUUCGUCAUUUCUUUAAUUAUGUAUUGAACGAAAGUUAUUAAUGUUCGAUGAUACUGUUAACACCGGCAUGCGAUGUGCGAUUAUAAGCAUCGAUCGGUACAGCAUCCUUAAACGUAUAAAAGGGUAAACGAGAUUUUUCAGUUGUGAGUUGUAACGCCCAACUGGCUUUGCUGAAAUGAGAUAUGUAGUGCGUGUUUUAUUUUAUUGUGCCUACGAAUUGAAUUUGCGAAGCAAAAAACGGUCGUAUGCUAAUGGAAUUAGUUCCUGAUAAAGGUGGACGAAAAACAACAUGAAAGAAUGGCGAUGGCCAAACAUUGCCUUUGUAAUCUUUGGCUUCUUCGUCUGUCUUUCAGUGUGGCAUGUCAUAAACGACCCAACGUCUAUAACGGUUUUGCACCAAUAUGACAUUAUUCCUGUUUACACCCUUAACACGGAAAAUUUCACGAAGUUGAACUAUCCUUUGGAAACUCUUCCACCAUUAGACUACCGUAAACUUAUCACGAUCAGAGAGUUUCGUUAUAACAUAUUCAACAACGUUUGCAACAACUCCAUUCCGUUUCUGUUAAUUUUAGUACAUUCUGCUCCUGAAAACGUCGUCAAAAGGAUGACCAUACGAGAAACCUGGGGUCAGAACACUAAGGAUGUGAAGGUGGUGUUUCUUAUAGGAAACGUUAGUUUGGAUAAGAUACAGUCACAACUGGAGACAGAAAAUGAACAAUACCGAGACUUAAUUCAAGGAAACUUCCUUGAUGCAUACAGGAACAUGACAUUCAAGCACGUCAUGGCGCUCAAGUAUGCGAUUUACCAUUGUCCAAAGGCCAAAUACAUCUUAAAGACUGACGACGACAUUUUUGUUAAUAUACCAACACUUUUAACUUUUUUAAAGGAAGAACUAUCGCCGUACGGUGCUGAAAAUUUAUUGUUGUGCGCACUGUUACUCGAAUCAAGUAGAGUUAAAAGAACGUAUCGUUCUAAGUGGAGGGUAUCAUUUAAGGAAUAUUCUGGGAGAUACUAUCCCCCGUAUUGCAGCGGAUAUGCAAUCAUGUACUCUCCAGACGUGGUAUUUACUCUCUAUAAGGAAGCUCAAAAAGCUCAGUAUUUUUGGAUCGACGACGCUUAUAUAACCGGUCUGUUAGCACAAAAGGCCAAAAUAUCGCACACUUCGGUCGAGAAUUUAGUUUUAAAUAAAGAGGAAAUGCGUGAAGUUCUGAAGACGGGUAACUGUCACAACUGCUCAAAAAACUUUCUCUUUGGCCAGCCCGAUCUUACUCGGGAUGAAAUUUUGAAAAUGUGGAAGUUUAUCAUGCAACAACAGAACAUUUCUAGUAGUAUAGGAGGAACGCGGAUGACGAGGUGACUCGUGGAUUUUACGCUAUUUAUUUUCGUCUCUUUACAAAGGAAUGCCAUUUUUUUUAGAAAAAAAAUCUGUACUUAAUAUGAGCCUUUAAAAAAGAACUCAAAUAAUGCGAGCUGUUUUCAAAUUCCUCUUUUGUUCUUAUUUUUAUAGUAUAUGCUGAUGUGGCGUCUCGGGGUGGUUCACAUAGGGGGUGCUUAAUUUCAACAUUAGUAGGUGUAUGUAAUGGUUUAUUUUUCAAACGUAACUGCUCCCUUUGUUUACCCUGAUACUGCAAAUAUUUUUUUAAGCAGCAAAACAAAUUACAACAGGGAAAUAUAUGAAGUAAAUAUUUUUCCUUAUAUACAUAUAUAUUUCCUAUACACAUAUAUUUAUUUUUUUACUUUUAAUUUAUUAAUGAUUAAAUUGCUCUUCAAUUAUUAUCCAUAAUUAUAAUUUUAGUAAUAGCAGAAAUCGGUUUGCAUUUCCUAAAAUACGUAUUUCAUAAUACUAUUUAAAAAUUAGUUUCACUACAAUAUUUAUAUGCUUUACUUCUUAAAAUUACAACUUAGAUAAGGAAAAGUGUAGAAAAGUGCCUAAACUGUUUAUAUUUUAUAGAUUGGUCUUUAAAAGAAAAUGUAAAUUUAGUUACUCUAUUACCUAGAAAUUGAUUGUAUAAAGGAAAAUUAAUAACUAAGAAAUUCUAUCAUCAUCGAAGGGUCAUCAGUUCAAAGACUGGCUGGAGACGCACUUCCACUUCUUCCUAUUCUGAGCCAAAAACUAUAUCAUCCCACAUCUCUGUCUUUAAACAAAAAUCUGAUCCAGGUCUUCUCCUGUCCCAUUUUUUUCCUGUUUUGCUUCCAGUAUAUAUAGCCCUUUAUGUCUCCAAUAGGUGUCAUCUUAUUCUAUCUCUCCUUUCCUUUGUUCACAUCCAUAUCGUCCAUUGUUCUACUUUUUUUAAUACCUUUUUAAUUUUAAUAUCAUUUCAUUAUCUUCCUUAAAUACAUUUCUUACCGCGUUCACCAUCCACGUUUUACAUCCUUGUGUAGUUGUGCUCAAAAAUACAUUUUUAACAAUCUUUUCCUAAUUUCCAAAAUAUUGAGUGCAAUAAAUUAAUUUAUCCCAGAGAAAAUCUUCUUUUGUUUGACUAAGUUUAAAGGGUCCAUAUUCUAGUACCUUAUAAAAAUUACGAAGUACCUAGAUACAAAUAUAUUUUUUUCUCAAAAAAGUAUAUUAAAACUAACAAGAUAGAUAUACAUAUAAAAAGGUAUACAUUUAUUGUACUUUUUGUUUAAUUACAUAGGAUAAUUAUAUCUAUACAGGUACUGGUUAAAGUAUUAUUACUAUUAUGUAAUGGGAAGUAGUUCAAUCACAUUUUAAAACUUCAAAUGUUAAAAUUUUUACAUACAUUUUAGUGUGAUAAACAGUUAAAAUAAUGAAUAUAAGAUGAUAAGCUUUUCAACAGUAUUUUAUCGAUAGCAGUAAUCAUUACCAAUAAACCAUAUUAAAAGUAAUUCUCAUGUAGCAGUUUAAUCAAAAUUAUUUAUUUUUCUACAAUCUGCAAUGAUCUGUUAUUUAUUUAUUUAUUUGUUUCGUGU